AUGGAGCCUACAAACACUGGCUUGGACUUGGAAAAGGAGCUGACGUGCUCUAUCUGCACGGAGCUCCUUUACCAACCUUUGACUCUUCUUGAUUGUCUUCAUACCUUUUGCGGUGCCUGUUUGAAGGAAUGGUUUUCUUUCCAAGCCGCGACCGCCGAGCGAUCGCCGAAUCCGCCUGCUCCUGGCGCAAACAUCUUUACAUGCCCAUCAUGCAGAGCUACUGUACGGGCGACCCAGCACAAUGCUACUGUCGUCACUCUCUUGGACAUGUUUGUCUCGGCAAGUCCUGAUAAAGCUCGGUCAGCGUCUGAGAAAGAGGAAAUGGCAAAGAAGUACAAGCCGGGCGAUCAAGUCCUGCCAACAAUCAAUACCCACCGAACUGCAGAAGAGCGGCGCGCCGAUGCUCGAGACAGAAGAUUAGUGGAAGAGGUGAGGGAAUUGAGUCUACAAGAGGCGGGAGUUUCUUCAGCGCCUCCAAGGACACGACGCAGACGUGAGAGUCGAUCCGCGGAUGACAGAAGACGGUCAAGCAGAGACAGAGAAAGAGAAAGAGACCAAAGCUUGGAUAGCCGACACCACCGAGGAGGUCGUCGCCCUCGAAUGGACGACGGAGGUCGGCACAGUUCAGACCAAAUCCAGAGCGAUGGCGAACGACGACCUCGGAGAAGCGAGUCAAGACAGCGCCAGAUCGAGCAUCAGUCAUCAAUUCGAUCGCUAAUUAGUUCUGGCGAUAUGAGUGAGAGAGAUAUUGAAAGGGAAAUAGAGUCGUUUGCCAGGCAGAUUCAGGAAGAGGGACUCCUCGACGGGCUUGAUCUAGAUAACAUCGAUCUGAGUCGCGACGAUGAGCUCAGUAGGAGGAUCACAGAGGCAUACCGGCGACGGCAGAGGGACCGAACACGACAAGAGACGCGGAGAACCAAUGCAGGUAACUAUCCUCCGUUGACGCGACAUGCCGAGAGUUCAGGAACAGAUUCUCGCAUGCUGGCUCCAGAAGGUGGUCGACCACGAGAGCGAUCCCGCCCACAUUCCAGAUCCGCAAGCGCUGCAAGUGCCACAAGUGCUGCAAGCCAGACUGAGGAACGAAGUCGUCAGCCAACAUCUACGCCUUCAGCAAACCUGGAGGUCCAAGAACCAGUCCGAAGACCAAGGCGUCGGACUGCCAGCGGGGGUCGCAGCUCGACGACCCCCGUGUUUCCAACUACGAGUGAGCCCAGGCCUGCUGCUCGUUCAUCCACAGACCUGACCGCAAGGCCCCAAAUCUCUGAUGCCUUACAGUCCCGGCCUACCUUCAGCGAAGGACGCAGCACCAGCACCCCUAUUCAUACCGUACCGUUUCCUAAUCCCACAGAUGCUGCCUCCUCCAGUAGCAAUGCCGCGAACCUUUCCUUCGCCAAUCGCCAGGGGACCACUCCAAGCGCAUCAGUCCCUCCCUUGUUCUCCCAUCAUGACCCAGCAGCUGGCCGGUCGAGCAGACCUCGUCCAGUCGAUCUUGCAAUCGUCCAUCAGACAGUCACUAGCCCGAUUACCAGUCCGACUGUAUCAGGACACCAAAGGACAAGAUCCCAACUCUUCCCGGAACCUUCUUUCAGCUGCUCUCGGUGUAACAAACAACAUAUCGAAUACGAGCUUCAUUACAACUGUUCAGUUUGUGCUGGUGGACGAUGGAACAUGUGCCUAGACUGCUACAGGACCGGAAAGGGUUGCCUUCAUUGGUUCGGAUUUGGCUACGGUGCUUGGGCAAAAUGGGAGAAGUCGCGUCAACAGAAAGGAGAUCCUUCCCUUCCAAAGCCACAUAUGUUGACUGCGAGUCGCUAUAAAUCCCCUCGUUCAGCCCCUGGUGGAGCUGAUGGACGGAAAACAUUAACAUCAGACGAUCCCCGGCAUCGAUUAGAAAGUGGCACUUUCUGUGCCAAGUGCUUUGCCUGGACGAACGAAUGUUAUUGGCGAUGCGACAUUUGUAACGAGGGUGACUGGGGCUUUUGCAACGACUGUGUGAACCAGGGAAGAUCAUGCACACACAGCCUAUUGCCUCUGGCUCACGAAGCUAGCCAACCAACUCAGAGCAGAUCUGGAAGUCCUCCAAGAUCUCCUGGUCGGCCCCCAGCAGCCACAAUAUUCAGAGGGCCGAACGCAUCCAACAUCGGGCCGUUCAAGCCACUGUCUUUUACUACACGCUGUGAUGUAUGUCAAGAGCCUAUUCAGCCGAACCAGGCACGAUAUCAUUGCUAUCAUUGCACAAGCUCUCUGGUUUCAGAUGCCGCACCGGGCGAUUACGACAUAUGUUCUUCUUGUUAUGGAAACCUGGUUACACAGCGUCAGAUCAGCCAUGAGAAUGGCUAUUCAGGAUGGAGGAGGUGUCUCAAUGGGCACAGGAUGGUUGUCGUUGCGUUCACUGAAGGUAAAGUUGGCCAAUGGAGAUAUGUAGCCAAGGACCUAGUGGGAGGUCGAGGACUGAAGUCAGACGCAGCAGAAAAGCCAGAACACCGCGAACAGGGUCUUCAAGUAUGGGUUUGGCACGAGAACGACCAAAACUUUGCUCGACUUGUCACCAGAGACGUGUCAGAAACAGCACCGGCUGAGGGUGGUUUUAGCCAGAGUUUCCCUCCUGAAGGCGGAGUUGGGCUGAAAGCGACAGCGAGAUAUGGAUGGUAUCCGAAGGCCGGAGCAGAUGAUGAGCUCCUUUUCCCACGAGGAGCUGAAGUCAAGGAAAUUGAAGACGUGAACGGAGAAUGGUUCUUUGGAGCGUAUAUGGGUUCUCGAGGAUUGUUCCCAGCACCAUAUGUGUGGUUAGAGCAGAAUAACCAAGGAAAUUAA